CGCGCGUGGCGUCCCCACCCCACUUCCUCCCCCCCGUCGCGGUGAGCCCGUGCCCCGGCGGUCGGCGCGGCGGCCGCUCGCUCGCUGCUGCGCCGCCGGAGUUGCGGCGGAGCGGUGGGUGAGUGAGUGACGAGCCCGCCCGGAGCUCGGGUGGUUUCCCGCUUUGUUGGUGAGGUGGUUCAAGCUUGGUCGGUUUAACCUCCUCCCAUUUGCCCUAAUUCGCCCACCGUGCUGUGAGGGAAUCGAGCCCGUCUGCUAGGUUUCGUGGAGCUGUUUGCUGCGGGAUAUGGCGAAUCUGCAGCCUUCGAUUGCAAUACCCCCCUCCUACGCCGGGGCAUCGCCGCCUUCGCCUUCUCCGAUCGGCGGCGGCGGCGGCGGCGUGGGUGCCGGUGUGGGACAGCCAUCCAAGGACAGGAAGAUGGCGUCGGCGGAACAGCUUGUGCUCGACCUCUGCGACCCCGAGCUUCGCGAGAACGCCCUCCUCGAGCUCUCGAAGAAAAGAGAUAUAUUUCAAGAUCUGGCCCCGCUUCUUUGGCACUCUUUUGGAACAGUUGGCGCACUUCUUCAGGAGAUUGUGUCAAUUUACCCUGCACUUUCACCCCCAACAUUGUCACCAGUUGCGUCGAACCGAAUCUGCAAUGCACUUGCGCUUCUGCAGUGUGUCGCAUCUCACCCUGAGACGAGGAUCCUUUUCUUAAAUGCUCACAUUCCACUGUACCUGUACCCAUUCUUGAAUACUACCAGCAAGACAAGACCUUUUGAAUACCUGCGACUCACUAGCUUGGGUGUCAUCGGUGCACUUGUUAAGGUUGAUGAUACUGAAGUUAUCAGUUUUCUGUUGCAAACUGAAAUAAUUCCUCUGUGCUUGCGUACUAUGGAGAUGGGAAGCGAGCUGUCAAAAACUGUGGCCACCUUCAUUGUUCAGAAGAUUCUGCUUGAUGAUGUUGGACUGCGCUACAUUUGUGCCACUGCUGAGCGUUUCUUUGCUGUAGGCAGUGUUUUAGCUAACAUGGUGGUUUCACUUGCUGAGCAGCCUUCAACAAGGCUGCUGAAGCACAUUAUCCGAUGUUACCUUAGGCUGUCAGACAAUCCCAGGGCAUGUGCUGCCCUACAAAGUUGCCUCCCUGACAUGCUGAAGGAUGGGACAUUCAAUAACUGUCUUAGGGAUGAUCCUACAACAAGGCGCUGGCUCCAGCAAUUGCUGCUUAACGUGACAGGCGGAAGCAUGGGAGGAGCUCCUCAGCCAGGUCUGGAUCACAUGAUGGGGAUAUAGAUCAAUCUGAUUGCUGCAAUUCACAACAAUAAUACAUAUCUACCUGUGAGUUGCAAGUAGGGAAUAUCUCCUAGGUGUGUACGUAGGGUAGAAAAUUGUAGCACGGUUAGUCCAACCUCGAAAACAAUAGGAUCUGUUGUGUUUGACUGUCAUUAGCUGUUAAGGUUCUGUGCUUAUUCUGUAAUGUUGUGGAAACAAGGACAGCAAGCAGCUCCUUUUAUGUCCUUGCACCAGAACUGCUUUUGCUUUGACAGUUCAACAUUUAAGAAAAGAAGAUGAAGAGCCCCAUUCUGUGCAAGCUUUCUAAAAUACUUAAUGUUUGAUAGCAUAAGGAGCAUGCUCGAAAGAAGAGUAUGUUGUAUACUGCGUUUGUGUGAUGAUGUUGAAAUUGAACUGUGGUAUGCCAGUCAUGUUGUAAA